AUGUCCAAGGCCUCAGAGUCCGUGAAGGUUAUGGUCAGGGUUCGUCCUCUCAAUAAGAAGGAAAAGAACCGAGGAAGUAAGGAAGUGGUGGAGGUUGACUCCAAAUUUAAUCAAAUUAAUCUGAGCAAGCCAGAUUCACCUGAAAUUUCCAAAGACUUCGCAUAUGAUGCUGUCUUCGGAAUUGAUUCUACCCAGCAAUUAGUGUAUAAUGAAGGUGCAUUCUCACUUGUUGAGUCUGUUCUCGAGGGGUAUAAUGGCACAAUCUUUGCUUAUGGCCAAACAGGUUGUGGCAAGACCCAUACAAUGGUUGGAGACUAUGGCGAGGAGGAUUCUAAAGGUAUUAUUCCUAAAGCUUUCAGCCAUAUUUUCGGUUAUAUUGAUUCCAGAGAAGAUGAUACAAAAUUUUUAGUUAGAUGCUCCUAUUUGGAGAUCUAUAAUGAGAGCAUCCUCGAUCUCCUUGGAAGUGAUCAUACUGCCAAACAUGAUGUAAAGGAAGACCCUGAUAAAGGAAUUUAUGUACAAAACCUGACGAACGUUAUAGUUAAAUCAGUCCCUGAGAUAGAAAAAAUUAUGAAUGCAGGAAAUAAGCACAGGAAGGUUGGGCAAACAGCAAUGAAUGAUCAAUCUUCCAGAUCACAUUCUAUUUUUACUAUUUAUAUUGAAACAUCGGUUGAGAAAGACGGAGAUCAGAAGAUUAGAGCUGGAAAACUGAACCUAGUUGAUUUGGCUGGUUCAGAAAGGCAAAGUAAAACUAAUGCAAAAGGUGACAGGCUUAAAGAAGCCCAGAAGAUCAAUCUCUCACUCUCCGCCUUAGGAAACGUAAUCAGUGCUCUUGUAGAUGGAAAAUCAAAGCAUAUUCCAUAUAGAGACUCUAAGCUAACAAGACUGUUACAGGAUUCACUUGGAGGAAAUACCAAAACUGUGAUGAUAGCAGCUGUUUCCCCAGCUGAUUAUAACUAUGAUGAGACCUUAUCAACCUUGAGAUAUGCUUCUCGUGCAAAAAUGAUCAAGAACAAGCCAAAGAUCAACGAAGAUCCCAAAGAUGCCCUUCUAAGAGAAUACGAGAGUGAAAUCAAGCAGCUCAGAGCAGCUUUGGCAGAGCUCCAAAAAGGAGGGGGAGGUACUAACCAGGCUGCUUUAAUCAGCAAAUUGACAAAAUCCUUCAAGAGGUCUGAAAAGAACGUUGAUAUGGGAUCGAAUGUUGAUGACAUCCUAAACCGGUUAGAAUCCAAUCAACAAACACUUGGAGAUUCCACUAAAUAAAAACUCUGAUAAAAUCAGAGAGAUUCAGAUGAUGGGUGACAAAAACAUCGACAGUGUUCUACAAGAAAAAGAUAAUAAAAUCGAACAAGAGAAAAUGCAAAGGGAAAAACUAGAACAAAUGGUCAAGGAAAUGGAAGGCAAACUUGUCCACGGAGGAGAAGCUAUCGAAGAAGAAAAGGCUAAGAUUGAAGCAAAAGCUUUCAGAGAGUAUCAACUCAAGUUAAAAUAAGCAAAAGAAAAAGUCUAAGAAGCUGCUUGAAGAACAGAAGAAGAGGGAAGAAGAUAUGCUCCUCAUGGAGAGAGAUUAUAACGACUUACAAGAAGAGGUUGGUGACAAGAGUAAGCUCCUCAACAAGCUCAGAAAGAGGUACAAGGCAGCCCUAGCAGAGAUCCAGGACCUUGAAGGUGAGCACUAUAAUGAAAAAGCAGAUCUCCUUGACACAAUACGAACCAUGGAAGUAGACCUCGGAUUCUAUAAAGCAAUCGUAGAUAUGAUGAUCAAUGAAAAUAAUUUGUACAAGAUCAAAUCUAAAAGUUCGUAUAAUGACGAGAAAUCGGAGUGGGAGGUCCCUCCAUUCGUGAUGAAAGAUAAGCAAAUGAACCUUCCCAAGUUAGGGCUACAAAAAGCUAUGAGAUAUGUAGAGGAGGAAAAGAACAACCAAAUGGUAGAAUUCAAAAAUAAUGGAACUGAUUACUCUGACGAUGACUUUAAUGAAGCUGCUCAUCAGAGUCAGAUGAAAAUUCGUAAGAAAAAGAAGAAAAAUAAAGGCCUACGAGAGAAUGUUGAUGAUACCCUAAAUGAGGACAGAGAUGAUGAAUAUGACCAGUUCAGAGACCCUAACGGACUUCACGAUUAUAAUGAUCUAUAUAAUGAUAAUAAUGGGAAAAAUCAAUGAUUACAAUGCCUACGGCAAGAAUAUUAA